AUGCCUCUUCUUCAACUGGUGGUCAUUUGCACUUUGGUUGUUCUUUGCUCUUUGGCGGAGGCGGAUCGGGUCUUCAAAGAAUCCCAGUCCGGCCCAGGGACGUCCAUCGAAUACCGAAAGACCUCGAUCUGCGAAACAACUCCAAAUGUCCCCUCCUAUGCCGGCUACGUCCACCUAACUUCUCCUUCAAUCCGCGAUCUUCAAGGAUCCCAACCUUUCAACGUCUCCACAUUCUUCUGGUACUUUUCCGCACGGCGCAACGCUAGUACCGCCCCACUCGUGCUCUAUCUCGCCGGCGGUCCUGGCCAAUCAUCAACCUACUCUGCCCUUACCGAAAAUGGACCCUGCUACGCACUGGCGAAUGGUAACUCUACCAUGCUCAACCCCUUCUCGUUCAACGACAGGGUGAACGUACUAUACGUGGAUCAGCCGAAUCAAGUCGGCUUCAGCCAUGAUGAGGUUGUAGAGGGCGUAUUAGACGUGUUGGAUGGGAGUAUACUUCCAGGGCCAGCAGAAGAGAGCACAACGAGGAUUGCGGGAAAAUUUGCGAGCCAGAAACCAGAAGCUACGGUAAACACAACCGCGCUGGCAGCGAAGACCAUGUGGUACUUCUUGCAGACAUGGUUGGCUGAAUUCGAAGAGUAUCAUGGCCCAAAGAAUACCCUUAAAAUAUGGGGCCACUCAUACGGCGGCGCCUUCGCAGCCUCCCUAGCCACGCAUGUGCUCCACCAAAACGCUAGAAUCUCAAACGGAACCCUCCCCUGUACCCGCUACCGGCCCAUCCACGUUCCCGCCAUCGGCUUCACAAACGGCUUCCUCGAUCUCGAAGCCCAAGUAAUGUCCUACGCCACCUACGCCUAUAACAAUACGUACGGCUUCCAGAUCUACGACGACGCCACCUACAACCAUGUCCUAGACUCUAUAACCCGCUCCGGAGGCUGCGUAGACGGAAUCCACAAAUGCCGCGCCGCAAAAGCCCAAUUCGAUCCCGAUGACAUUGGGAACGACCUCACCGCAAACGCGAUCUGUGCCGAAGUCGGAAAGUUCUGCUUCGAAAAUGUGCUCGGCCCCUUCUAUGCCCUGGCCAAUGUUAGCGAAUUCGACAUCGCGGCGCCAAAAGCGAAUCCUUAUCCGCCGAUGUGGGCUGCUAAUUUCCUCAACCAGCCAUGGGUGCGCAAGGAGCUGGGUGUUCCGGACGGACUCAAUUUUACGCUGGUCUCGAAGACUGUGAAGAAUAAUUUCCUCGCUACGGCGGAUAUGGUGCGAUAUGAAGGGGGUCAGGACCUAACUUUCCUGCUGAAUGAGGGCGUGCAGGUAGCAAUGGUGUAUGGUGAUAGGGAUUGGAAGUGCAGUUGGCUCGGCGCCCAAAAUCUUACCCUCUCCCUCCCCUGGACGUCCCACGGCCCCUUCGCUGCAGCCCCCUACAUAAACCUAACCCUCUCCCCGCCCUCUCAACUCCGCACCACCGCCAUCGUCCGCCAACACACCCUCCUCUCUUUCGCACGCGUCUUCCAAUCCGGCCAUUCGCCAUCUUGGUACUCGCCACUUACCACACAAACCGUCUUCACCCGUGCGAUGCUCGGGAAAGAUAUACCGUGGGGUGUGCACGAUACGGAGGACUUUGUUCGGUAUGAGGAGCAGAGGCUGCCGGGUUGGUGGGAGGAGCUGCCGACGGGCACGGUGGAAACGCAGUGUUCUCUUUGGAAUACGGGGACCAGCUGCACCGAAGCUCAGAAGCAAGCUUUAGCGAACGGCACCGCGAAAGUAGUAGACUGGCGCGUCGUUUCUCCAAGCUAG